AUGUAUUUGACAGCAGAUUCAGCUUUAUAGUUACUACAUGAGAAAAGAAAUAAAUUCCAAGUAGAAAUUCGCCGAAAAAGAACUGAAAAUACAUUCUAAUAGAAACGCGCAAUUUUUGUGCAAAAUAAGGUUUGGGUGUUGUGAGUGAUUUCAAGGACCUUGAAUUGUUAGCAUAGUAUGCACUAGAGUUUUACAAUCGUGGAGACCUCUAAGAAUGUGAGAAUUACUUGAUAAGAUUAAAUGAAUAUGCUGACUCAUAAUAUAGCGCCAAUCUUAAAUCCAUUAACACUAUUACUUUUCUAGGUGAAAUUGCAACGAAUUGCGAUUAUCAUAUUUUAGCUAUAGUUCUGAGUAUCUAUUAAAAGAUCUAUUUACCUGAAUGUUUAAAUCCUUAUUUACUAUCUCAAAUUUAAAGAUUUGAAAAUAGUGAGCUCAUUAAGUAAUUUGUUGUUCUUUUACAUAAAAUUGUAAAAAAUAACCCAUUAAAUCACUUGGUAGAAUAAUGUGACUUUGUCUCUUAUUUGGUAGAAAUCUCACUUCUAUUAGAUAAUUUUGAAUAAUGGUUUAAAAUAGUUGAAGUACUUGGAAGCUAUAUAAAAUAACCAUCUUAUUAUGUAUUGAAUAUUUAAUUGGUUAGUUUAAAAAGUUGGUUGUGACAUGUAUUAAAUUCAUUGAAUAUGAUACAGAUUUAGCCACAUUUUAGAUUAUGUUAACAAUGAUUUCAUGUGAAAAAGAUAAUAAGAAUUCUAUUAAUUACUUAUUAGCAAAUGCUGGAUUUGUAGAUUUAAUUAUGGAUAAAUUGGAUAAAAAUAUGAUGCUUUCAAUAUCAAUAAUUUCAAAAAUAGUAGAAGAGUCAGAUGAAGGAACAAUAUUAUUUAUUUAACAUGGAUUAUUGAAAACACUUAGUAAUUUAUACUUUGAAAUGAGAGAAAAUUAAACAGCUUUUAUUUAUAUAACAGCAAAUAUUUGUUUUCUUAAAAAUGAUUAUGUAAUUACUGAAGUACUAACAUCUGAGAUUUUCAAUACUAUUUUAGCACUUGAUGAAUAGGAAUUAAACAAAAAUGAUUACAUUUAUAUAAGUCAAAUGCUAUAAUAAUUAAUUAGAAAAUAUUCUAAUGAAUAAUUGUAUCGUUAUCUAUUAAAUAAAACUGAUUAUGUAUAUAUGUUAGGUCAUAUGAUGAAACAGUUUGAAUUGCGUGAAGUAUUACAAAAUGCAAUAUCUUGUGUUAUACAUAUGGCUCAUUCACAAUCUGAAGAAUUAGCUAAAUUAUUUAGAUAUGUAAUAUAUAUAUUAUUAAUGAAAAUAAAUAGAAAAUUAGUGGUAAACCAAUAGAAUAUGUACUUACAAAUAUCUAAUACUUAUUUUAGGAUAUUAAUAUUAUAGAAUAAGUAUUUGAAUUUUUAAAUAUUAAAUACGAUUGA